UUCACACUAGUUGCUCCUGCUGUUUGUAAAUUAUAACCCCAAAGUUACUUGUAUUUGCUUUUUAUUUCCUUAACUGUGUAACCGAAAUUUUGUUAAUAAAUCAGUUACAUUUACAAAAUGCCGUACGCAAAUCAGCCAUCUGUACAUAUAACUGAUUUAACAGAUGAAAAUGUGAAGUUUUACAUCGAAGAUACAGAACUGAGCGUUGCGAAUAGCAUGCGUAGAGUCUUUAUUGCGGAAACCCCAACUUUAGCAAUAGAUUGGGUUAAACUGGAAGCCAAUUCUACUGUUCUGAGUGAUGAAUUUUUAGCGCAUCGCAUUGGUUUAAUACCGCUAAUAUCUGAUGAAGUUGUGCAACGGUUACAUUAUCCCAGGGACUGUAUUUGUCCAGAUUUUUGUCAUAAUUGUAGUGUGGAAUUUACGUUAGAUGUCAAAUGCACUGAUGAUCAAACGCGGCAUGUUACGACUGCUGAUCUUAAAUCGAGCGAUCCUCGAGUUUUACCUGUUACAUCAAAACAUCGAGAUGACGACUCAUCAGAGUAUGGAGAAACGGACGAGAUACUUUUAAUUAAGUUACGUAAAGGCCAAGAAUUAAAAAUGAGGGCGUAUGCUAAAAAAGGGUUUGGAAAAGAACACGCCAAGUGGAAUCCCACAGCUGGUGUUUGUUUUGAAUACGAUCCGGACAAUGCUAUGAGGCAUACUUUAUAUCCUAAACCAGACGAGUGGCCGAAGAGCGAAUAUACCGAAUUAGACGAUGACCAAUAUGAGGCAACUUUUAAUUGGGAGACAAAGCCAAAUAAAUUCUUCUUUAACGUGGAAUCUUCAGGAGCUUUGAAACCAGAGAAUAUUGUCAUUAUGGGUAUAGCGAUGUUGAAAGAUAAACUAUCUAAUUUACAGACGCAGCUCAGUCAUGAGUUACAAACUGAUGCUCUAGCCAUUUAAUUUACUCUUAUUGUAUUAAUUGUUGUCAUUUUUGUGCAACAAAUAAAGUUUGAAUAUUUUAUGUCUUAAGGA